UAUGUUCCCAAGCUGUGUUCAGAUGGAGGAGGAGAAAAAGCCCCGGAGAUGCCUCACAAGGAGGGGCUGCAAACCCAGUCCAGGGAGUUGUGAGGAGGAAAGAUCCCCCCAGUGCCAGGAACACAACCAGAGAUCCAGCCGGAGCUCAGAGCUGGGGGAGAAGCCCCACAGGUGCUUGGAAUGUGGGAAGGGCUUCAGGUACAGCUCUGACCUGCUCCGGCACCAGAGGAUCCACACUGGGGAAAAGCCCUACGGGUGUGGGGAAUGUGGGAAGAGCUUCAACCGGAGCUCCAGCCUCAGGAAUCACCAGAUGAUCCACACGGGGGAGCGACCCUAUGAGUGUGGGAAAUGUGGGAAGAGUUUCAGAGAUAUCUCUGAACUGAUGAGACACCAGGUGAUCCACACCGGGGAACGGCCCUACACCUGCUUGGAAUGUGGGAAGAGCUUUGGGUGGAGCUCCUGCCUGAGAGCACACCAGCUCAUCCACACUGGGGAGAGGCCCUACAAGUGUCCCGAGUGUGGGAAGAGGUUUCGGACCAGCUCCCAUGUCCUCCAACAUGAGCGGAUUCACACAGAUGAGAGGCCCUUCCGCUGCCCCGACUGCGGGAAGGGCUUCCAGCAAAACUCUGCCCUCACCGUCCACCGGCGCAUCCACACUGGGGAGAGGCCCUACGAGUGUCCCCAGUGUGGGAAGAGCUUCUCAGACAGCUCAGCCUUGACCCAGCACCAACGGAGGCACCAGUAAGGGAAGCCCUGUGAGUGCCCCGAGUGCGGGAAGAGCUUCGUGCGCUGCUCCAGCUCCAUCCCCCAUGGGAGGAUCGGCGUUGGAUGAUCCCCAGUGACCCCCGUUGGGCAGAGCCCUGGUGAUCCGUGGUCCUGGUGAUCGGUGUUGGGAAGACACCUGGCUGGGAGGCUCCACAUCUUCCUGGCUCCCUGUGGGCACCUGGAUGAAAGCAGGGGAAUGAAAAUCCAACAGGAUGCAAAAUGACAAUGGGAAUUGUUGACUUUAAAUCCUUUUAACCUUUUGCCACUGACUCAAGAGCUGUGUGGGCAGAGAAAAGGGGGUGACACCAGACAUGGGGGGCCCGACAGGAGCACAUACGCUCUGUGGGGGGGGAGGACACGACCCCCGGGACCCCCCCUCACCUUCCUGCACAGGCAGAAGUUGAGCCCCAGUGCCAGGAAGAUGAAGCCCAAGAUGGAGACUCCAAUCCCCGUCAGCAUCUUGCUGUGGGCAGCAUCUGACGGCAUCCCUGAGGGGGUCUGCAGGGGUCAGGACCCCCAAAACCUCUCACAGACAUCCCAAGCCCCUCCAAGGACCCUCCCAGUCUCUCCCAGCCCAUCCAGGACCCUCUGAAACCUCCUUAGGAGUUAAUAAUAUUAAAAAAAUAAGAAUUUUAGAAAAAUAAGAGAUCUUAGUUAGAAAUCAGCCUUGCUGGAACUAGUUAGAGUUAAUGAUGAAGUGAGAAGCAGGAUUUGAGAUAAUGCACCUUGGACUUAGGUAAAAAAUUACUUGUCAUUGUAUGUUUGUUCAGCUGUGCUUAUAAUGAGAAAAGAGAAACAGAUAAAUGGGUUCAGGAAGAUCACAGACCUUACAUCUGGAAACCCAUUUCUAGGUCACAAGGGAGGAAACUGGAGUUGUACCAAAUGUUAUUUGUAAUGUCAACCAUUGUAAAGGUAGAAAGGUGAGAGUGAGGAAGAGCGGUUUUCCUUCAUCUCUUGAUGACUCCUCCUCACCAAAAUGACCUCCUCCUCAAAUUAGGGAGCUAACCAUGUAGGCAUAACGAUGUUUUAAACUCAUUACCAUUCAUUUUAAUCUGAAGUGGAGCAUGGGAGGUGUUAGCAUUAUGAAUAUGUAUUCAUAUUUUGGAUAUUCAAUACUUUUGUAAAUAAAUAGACACUGGAAUCUUUUGUCAACUUGCAGUGUGUAUUAAGGGGUGACUCCCGCACUCGCCCAGUGCUGGGA